AGGAUAUAGGAAGGAGGAAUAAAUUAAGAAAAUAAGUAUAACGUUUACAGUGACUGUCAUUGAGUGAAAAAAUAGUCAUUAAUCCAUCACCCCUGAACAUCGUUCAAGCUUUGAAUUAUAACAUUAAUAAAUUACAACUAUUCAACUAAUAAUAAAGUACAAGAAGAUAAUUUAUUAUUACCUGGUAAACUUGAUGAACAACAUAACCUCAAAAUCAACUUCUGUCCCCAUAGGACUUUAGGACCGAUGCAUGGCAUGAGUGGUUUUAAAAUUAAUUGAAUAAUCUAACCCAAUAUUUUACGACUACUACUCCAAUUAAAACAAUAAUCAGUUGCUAAAAAAUAUUGAAUAGAUCGAUAAAUCUACAAAAUGUUGUUACAGAUGAGAAUUUUGUAUUUGGAGCCUUUUACAAGUUACAGUGUGGCCACCUCUUGAAAAAAAAAUACCUUCAUGAAAUCUAACGUCAUUAUUUAUAUUUAUCUUUUGAAUUCUCUUUAAAAGUUCUGUACUAUGAAAUCAAAUAAGAUUUUUGGAAUAUUUUUUAUAGUUUGAAAUAAUAUCUUUGUUCUUAUCAGCUGUUAAUAGACAUUUUCUUAAAAAUCGACUUUGUCGUCAGGUCAAAUCAGGUGUUUUGGUGUUUGAUCUCACUGCAUUUUCAUUUUCAAGCCUAAUCACAUUCGUCUUUAUUGCUUGAAAUUGUAAAUUCUUUUACGAAAAAUGGCAAGUUUUCUCGUUAGGAAUGCUUUGAACAUCACAAGGCGAGGAUUAUUCACAUCUUCUGUGAGAUCAGCAAUACCGGAAGAAUUUCCCGACACAAUGAAGGUCAUCACCGGUUUGGAGAAGAAGGAAAUCGAAGCCAACAUGGCUGGAAAGGAUGACCCGUUCGCGCUGGAGGCUCUGACGAAGAAGCCCGGCUUCGGCACCAAGGCCAACCCCACCCUGGUGCCCUCUGCCACGGGCCAGCGACUCGUCGGCUGCAUGUGCAACGGUGAGGACUCGAUUGCGCCCCUCUACCUCAACCUGUACGAGGGCAGGCCACAACGCUGCAGCUGUGGCCACUGGUAUGCGCUUAAGAAGAUCGACUUUGUCGAAUAAGCAAGCAGUUCUCCACCAUAUGAUCGGAGUACAAACUAUUCUCCAUCAUGCUCUGUAGUUUAUCGAAGGAAACAUGAAGGUCUUCAUGCGUUUUGGAAAGGUUGAUUUGUAUGUUGGUAAACUUAGUGUAUCAUCUUUGUCAAGGAGGGAAACAUGAAGUUCCACUACUGAUUUGUGAGGGUGGAUAUUGCUGUAGAUUUAACUGAUUGAUGUAAAUGGAUUAAAUGUAAUUGUUAAUUUAG